AUGUUUCCUAAGGUUUUCAACGAUCAGUUAGGUUUAUGCUGUAAAACAAAAAUCAAGCUGGAACUGAAGGAAAAUGUUCGUCCUAUUUUCUGUCUGAAACGUCCUGUGGCUUACGCAAUGUAUAAUGCCGUUGACCGGGAACUAGAGCGUAUGCAAAAACUUAACAUCAUCACGUCGGCUGAAUAUUCGGAGUGGGCCGCUCCGAUCGUCGUCGUCCGUAAAGCUAACGGUUCUAUACGAAUUUGUGGAGAUUAUUCCACUGGGUUGAAUGCAGCUCUUAAACCAAAUCAGUAUCCACUUCCAUUACCGGAUGAUAUUUUCGCCAAGCUGGCUAAUUGUCAGGUAUUCAGCCAGAUUGAUUUGUCCGACGCUUUCUUACAGGUGGAAGUCGAUGAGUGGUACCGUAAGUUGCUCCCUAUCAAUACACAUCGUGGUCUCUAUUCCUACAACCGUCUACCGCCUUGUGUAAAAGUUGCACCUGGUGCGUUCCAACAAAUCAUAGACACAAUGCUAGCUGGUCUAGAAUGCACCUGUGGCUAUCUUGAUGACGUCAUAGUUGGUGGUCAAAAUGUAGAGAAACAUGAUCGUAACUUACAAGCAGUCUUGAAGCGAUUUCGGUUUCACAAUACGAGUUGA